CCAGCACGCACACCAACUGGGCCGUUGAUAUCCACGAAGGGCCACUUAUUGAUCGGUGCGCGAUCCAAACUAAUCAAAGACGGAACUGGGCGAGGGUACCGUGUACCGUGUUGUUACAGAUCGUGGUAAAUUUUGGUGUGACCCGUUGAGACCGUUGAGGAGUUGUUGAAGUAAGACGUGACUGAUUUCCCUAUGAGUUUGUGCUUGGGAACGGUAAGUAACUAGAUUGUGAACAGCGAGUGAUUUUAUGAGACAGCGAGUGACUUUAUAAGACAGUGUGUGAUUUUAUAAGACAGCGAGUGAUUAUAUAAGACUUAUAAGUCAGGCGUAUACGCAUUAAGUGCUGUCGCAAUUUUAUUUUAAAAUCAAGUAUCACGAAGUCUAAACUUUUGAACUUUUGGCGGUUUCCAUAGAAUAGUUCAAGUCAAACCUGACAGAUUUAUUUUGACUGAUGCCAUUUUGAUAAGCUACGUGGAAUUACGCAAUACUUAACACUGGCAGCUAGUGAAAAAGGUCGGGCUGAUUUUAACCGCAGAUACUAGAGAGAGGUCUUGCCUUGCGGACCGAAUCAAUAACACUUUGCUAUUACGGUCUUAGAUCAGGGCCAGUGGUUGAGUGUUGAAUUGUAUCCUAGAAAACCCGUUCCGCUCGCGCAAACACGUGAGUUCAUUGUGGUUGGAGUAUUCGGCGGUUCAUUUGUAAGGGAAACAAUUGUCCCAGCAGUUAGUGUUGUCUCAUUGGCACAAAGACUUGACACAUUUAAACCAGUGUUAAGAGUGGAACUGAAAUGUUACUUAGCACUGUGUGGCAGUUUACAGAUCCUUUCAGGACUGCGUUAGCUUUAGGAGUACCACGGUGUUUGAGAACUGUUAGCUGAGACUUGCCCCAACUCUUUCAAAGUCUCCAAACACACGAUCCACAGUUCUCUCCUCUGUCUCUCCCCCCCCCCCGGCACACACACAGUCUCUCUAUAUAUAUUUAUAUAUUUACAUCUUUCUCCCCAUCUCCACCACUCUUUCUCUCUCUCUUUCUCUCUCUCUUCACCACUCUCUUUCCACCACUCUCUCUCUCUCUCUCUCUCUUUCUCUCUUUCCUCCACUCUCUCUCUCUCUCUCUCUCUCUUUCUCUCUUUCCCCCUCUCUCUCUCUCUCUCUCUCUCUCUCUCUCCCCCUCUCUCUCUCUCUCUCUCUCUCUUUCUCUCUUUCCCUCUCUCUCUCUCUCUUCCCCUCUCUCUCCCCCCCCCUCUCUCUCUCUCUCUCUCUCUUUCUCUCUCUCCCCCUCUCUCUCUCUCUCUCUCUCUCUCUCUCUCUCUCUCCCCCUCUCUCUCUCUCUCUCUCUUUCUCUCUUUCCUCCACUCUCUCUCUCUCUCUCUCUCUCUUUCUCUCUUUCCACCACUCUCUCUCUCUCUUUCUUACUUCCUGACUCAUAAACACCCUUGCCUAUAAACACAAGACUUGGAGCCCACCUUUACUGAAGUGGCGUUAGACUGAAUGGCGCCCCAAAGAUAACACUACAAUUGUCUCCAUACCCGCUAAGGUUUCUCUCUCGCGCGCACGAUUUUCAGUGAACAAAAGACGAUUUGGGACUUUUCCCAUCCCGGGAUAUACCGUGUCCAAACAUUUAGUAAUACAAUUUUCUUGAUUUAUUUUUAAUUUCAUUAAGUCACAGAUUGUCACAAAUGUGGCUGGACCUGUCAAAUCUAGUGAAACUGCGCUGAAUUACUAAGCUCGGUAGCUCUCGUACAGAAGUUCUCAAGUGUUUUCAAGACACGACCACAUUCAUAUGGAAGCAAAGUGAGUCCCAUGACUUCCUGUGUCAGACAACUUUUAUAAUACGUUCACGUGCUGUGGGUUCUCUCCUCCCAAAAUCCACAUAGGAAGACACUUACAAAUAAAGAUACAUUUAUAAUCAUUAAUAUUUGUUUAAAAUUCGAAACGAAACCUUUGUUUAAACUUUAAUGUCUUAAAAACAUUUGCUUGUUAAUAUUUAGUGAUGGAUUCGAAACUAACAUUGGCGACCUCUGAAGAAUGCAAAACUAAUACAUUUUUAUGUUGUUGUUUUUUUUACUACAGGUGGUUAAAUCCAAAUUUUGGUAACGAGGAUAGUAGUAGCUAGUAGGUUAUCCAUUGCUAGGGAUAAUCAGUGCAAAAUGAAACAAAUGGUAGCAAGUGACCAACCUCUCAGCUAACCUUAACAUUGUUGUCAUUUAUUAACAGAAAACAACAAUUAAACAAAUAUAAAAAUCAACUCUUUUAUAGACUAGUUUAAUUCAGUUCAUGAUAUAUUUUAAAUUAAAUUAAUUUUUUUCCUGGUGUGAGGAAAACUCUAUUCACUUUUGCCUGGGAAAAUCAAAAACCCUGAAAAUGAGAAAACCUACUCACCAGGUAUACACGACACAUCCAAGCCCCAACUCCCACCCCAGUGGUGUUGCUAGGGUUGAUCCCUCCUGGGGCAUUUGGCCAAAAUGCAACCAAUCUUCAAUGUAAAGAAAAAAAGUACCGCCCGGGGGAACCACCAGUCCACACCCCAUUCCUACGCCACCCCAUUCCUACGCCACACACUUUCCUCCCCACCCUACCCCCCCCAUGACAAACAACUGCAGAUAGAGACACGCCUGCGAAACCCAGAGGGCCGUGGUAGAGACCAACCCUACAAGACCACCCCCCAAAAGACCAACCCCACAAGACCAACCCCACAAGACCAACCCAACAAGAUCAACCUCACGGGACCAACCCCACGAGACCAACCCCACACGAUCCACCAAUAAUCAUAAUUACGGUUUGAUCAAGUCGACCUGAAAUGUAAACAUGUCCAAUAUCAGCGGUAAAGGUAAACUAUCGAGAGUUUCGGUGCAGUAACCCCAAUAUCAGACAGCACCCCCUUCCCCACACACUUUUUUUUACAGCACAUCCACUUUACAGCACACAUCAAACAACUGAACUUCAGCAGCUCUUCGGAGAUUUUGUCGUUUCGUUUUGUCAUCAUGUCACUCUUUAAAUGUUCAUCGUAACGUUCCUGAUGCAGUGUCAGUGCUGUCAGGUUUGAAUUCGUUUCCUGAAAUGUAUCAUUAAAAUGGUAUGUGCUUCACUAAUAAUCGUUGCUUUUCCAACCACUGUGUCACAACAGAGUAGUGUCUACCUUGCAGGAUGUAGGUGUGUCGCGGCGAAAAUAAGGGAUACUGUACCAACAUUCCCGCAUGUCUUCGAUAAGAUUUUUUUUUUUUAAUUGGAAAUAAGAAAAGUUAUGGGUAAAUUUAUUUUUUUUUAAAAGAAAGACUUCUUCAAUAUUUGUGAAGAUAUUGGGUAGAAACUACACAUAGACGAUUGUCUGCUCUGGUGAGAUCGUCUGGUUUUGAUGAGAUCGUCUGGUCUGAUGAGGUUGUCUGGUCUGAUGAGGUCGUCUGAUUUUAUGAGAUCAUCUGGUCUGAUAAGGUCGUCUGGUCGUCUGAUGAGGUCGUCUGGUCUGAUGAGGUCGUCUGGUCUGAUGAGGUUGUCUGGUCUGAUGACAUCGUCUGGUCUGAUGAGAUCUUCUGGUCUGAUGAGAUCGUCUGGUCUGAUGAAGUUGUCUGAUCUGAUGAGAUCGUCUGGUCUGGUGAGGUUGUCUGGUCUGAUGAGAUUGUCUGGUCUGAUGAGAUCGUCUGGUCUGAUAAUGUUGUCUGGUCUGAUAAGGUUGUCUGGUCUGAUAAGGUUGUCUGGUGUGAUGAGGUCGUCUGGUCUGAUGAGGUCGUCUAGUCUGAUGACAUCGUCUGGUCUCAUGACAUCGUCUGGUCUGAUGAGGUCGUCUGGUCUGAUGAGGUUGUCUGGUCUGGUGAGGUCGCCUGGUCUGAUGAGGUUGUCUGGUGUGAUGAGGGCUCUGGUCUGAUGAGGUCGUCUGGUCUGAUGAGAUCGUCUGGUCUGAUGAGAUCGUCUGGUCUGAUGAGGUAGUCUGGUCUGAUGAGGUUGUCUGGUCUGAUGAGGGCGUCUGGUCUGAUAAGGUCGUCUGGUCUGAUGAGGUUGUCUUGUCUGAUGACGUUGUCUUCUUUCUGAGAAACGAUUAGAGGGAAAUGAUGUUUGAAUUUUUCAAAGGAAAAGGAGCAAAAUAAUUAAUGUGAUUUAUUUCAAAACCAAAUGGACAUAUCAUACUGACAUAUCAUAUUGACAAAUUAUGCUGACAAAUCAUGCUUAUAUAUAUUUUAACAUAUCAUGCUGACAUAUCACACUUAAAUAUCCUGUUGACAUGUUAUACUAACAUAUAAUAUUGACAAAUUAUACUGACAAAUCAUGCUGAAAUACAUUUUAACAUAUCAUGUUGACAUAUCACACUUAAAUAUCAUGUUGACAUGUCAUACUGACAUAUCAUAAUGACUUAACAUUCUGACAUAGCAUGUUGACAUAUCAAUGCUAAUUAUUUAUACUGACAUAUUAUGACAUAUCACGCUAAACAUAUCAUGCAAAACAUAUCAUACUGACAUAUCAUGAUGAGAUAUUUGAACUUUGGAUGAAGUAAGCACAAGCAUGGAAUGAAAAGGUAAAAUAUGUUAAUUUUCCUCUUACUGUGUCGCGAAGUAAUUUAUGUCUGAUAAAUUUGGAAAUGAAUUGUACGAUAAGCCAACGUAAGUAAUUUAUUGAAUGGCUGGGUGUGUAGAUGCAUUGUACUAUAAGCCAAAGUUAUUUACUGUCUGACGAUGUAAAUUAUGUUAAAGUUAGAUUAGUUAUGUUUUGAACAACAACAACAACCCUUAUAGAGCAGAUGCGCAGAGGAGCGAAAAUUGCAUUUUAACAUUUCUAUCUCGCAUUUCAUGUGUUAGACUGACAUAGUACGUCAUUGGUAGAUGGAAUACCUGGAUGCAUGGCUCCAUGGCUUAAACAACUUGGGGACCUCUGAACUAGAGUAAUAGAUCUAACCUUGUUGCGGUUUAAAUUAAAAAAAUAAACUCCUAUUUUUUUAGCACAAACAAUACUCAUGCAAAUGGAGUCUUAAUGAACACAUGGUGAGAAAACACAAAUAAUAAUAUGGGUCAAUAGUUACAAAGAUGUCUUCAUUGUCGAUUAGUCUUAUUUUAUAUCAUAAAUAUUGUUUGAAAUCAAGCAAACUGUAAAAUGCUAUUUUAUUUAAAGUUAAAGUUUGAAACCACCUGUUUUAAUAGUCCACUUUGCUCUUUGCACUCUUUACCCCAAACUACUCUCCGGUCGACACACGUAACUUGUUUCUUAUCAAUCCUUUUUAAUACUUAUCGCAUUCUUCCUACACCACAUGGCACUUCUCUCCAAACUUGACAGAACUUACAUUUUUCUAUUUAAUGUACGAAUACAAGCUAAAUGACAUCACCAAACAUAUGAAGCCCAUGUGACCCUGUUUCCCGGGUUAAAAUACCUCCCAAUAUUAUCAACCCUCCCUCCAAAAGUAUUGUCCUACUUAUGACCCCGUUGUCCUACUUGUUGCCCCGUUGUCCUACUUUUGACCCCGUUGUGAUACUUAUGACCCCGUUGUCCUACUCGUGACCCCGUUGUCCUACUUGUGACCCCGUUGUCCUACUUAUGACCCCGUUGCCACACGGUAUCUAUCAAUCAUUUAAAUGUUGUUGUGGUGUCCCCUCUGAUUGCCUUUUGCUAUUUAUGUCCGAUGUUAUCAUUGAUCUCAUUGAUUAGCUCAUCGAUCGGAGGUUUCCAGAGUAAAGUAGAACAACACACGCGUGCACCGUGUCGGUUCUGUGCUGACGCAUAUAGUACACUUUCAUGAUGUAUGACAUGAAAGACUAGCUCACCAUUAUAUGAUAUAUGACAUGAAAGAACUAGCUCACCAUUGUAUGAUAUAUGCCAUGAAAGAACUAGCUCACCAUUAUAUGAUAUAUGACAUGAAAGAACUAGCUAACCAUUAAAUUAUAUAUGACAUGAAAGAACUAGCUCACCAUUAUAUGAUAUAUGACAUGAAAGAACUAGCUCACCAUUAAAUUAUAUAUGACAUGAAAGAACUAGCUCACCAUUAUAUGAUAGAUGACAUGAAAGAACUAGCUCACCAUUAAAUUAUAUAUGACAUGAAAGAACUAACUGGCUCACCAUUAAAUUAUAUAUGACAUGAAAGAAGUAGCUCACCAUUAUAUGAUAUAUGACAUGAAAGAACUAGCUAACCAUUAAAUUAUAUAUGACAUGAAAGAACUAGCUCACCAUUAUAUGAUAUAUGACAUGAAAGAACUAGCUCACCAUUAAAUUAUAUAUGACAUGAAAGAACUAGCUCACCAUUAUAUGAUAGAUGACAUGAAAGAACUAGCUCACCAUUAAAUUAUAUAUGACAUGAAAGAACUAACUGGCUCACCAUUAAAUUAUAUAUGACAUGAAAGAAGUAGCUCACCAUUAUAUGAUAUAUGACAUGAAAGAACUAGCUAACCAUUAAAUUAUAUAUGACAUGAAAGAACUAGCUCACCAUUAUAUGAUAUAUGACAUGAAAGAACUAGCUCACCAUUAAAUUAUAUAUGACAUGAAAGAACUAGCUCACCAUUAUAUGAUAUAUGACAUGAAAGAACUAGCUCACCAUUAAAUUAUAUAUGACAUGAAAGAACUAGCUGGCUCACCAUUAAAUUAUAUAUGGCAUGAAAGAAGUAGCUCACCAUUAUAUGAUAUAAUAUGACAUUACAGAACUAGCUCACCAUUAAAUUAUAUAUGACAUGAAAGAACUAGCUCACCAUUAUAUGAUAUAAUAUGACAUGAAAGAACUAGCUCACCAUUAAAUUAUAUAUGACAUGAAAGAAGUAGCCCACCAUUAUAUGAUAUAAUAAUUACAGAACUAUCUCACCAUAUAUGAUAUAUGACAUUACAGAAAUAGCUCACGAUUUUAUGAUAUCUGACAUAACAGAACUAGAUCAACAUCAUAUAAUAUAUAUGACAUUACAUAAUGAGCUCACCAUUAUAUUAUAUCACAUAAACAGUAUGCAAACAGCUCGCCAUCUUAAGACUUAUGACAUUAAGAAACAUUGUAAAAUAGUUUGACACAGGUACCGCCUGGUAUAGUCUAGUCACUAGAGCACAGGUUCUCAUCCCCUGGGACCUGACAUCAAAUUGGGUUGCGAACGGAUUUUUGUGUGGUAGCUGAUGGAAACAAUAGACUAAGAGAGAUUGGAAUGUGUAAAUAGUUUUAUUUUUUUAAAUGGUGUCUCACAGUUUGAGUAACAGUUCCAAUCAUGACAGUAAAUCUGUCGAUAAUACUGAAAAAUCUAGUUUCAAUAUGUUUUCCUUGCCAAGAAUUUACCGUAUUUAAAAACCUUUUUUUAUCAAAUGAUCGUGGCCAGUGAGGGAGAAGGCUCAGUUUGUUUCGAUAAAAAUGAUGUUGUGACUUGAAAACGCUAGAGAGCAUGUGUACUUGAGCUACUGAGCGCAAUAGUUCAGCGAAGUUAGUUACAUUUUACAGGUUCUCGCGUAUAGCGACAAUUUUUGACAAUCUGUGACUUGCUGAAAUAAAAGAGAGGAGAAAAAUAAAUUGAAUCUAAUAUUUUGUAACCGGGAUAGAAACAUUUCCCGAGAAAUCAUUUGUUUUCUAAAAAUCGUGUGGGAUCCCAGCUUGAGAACCCCUAGCCCCGCCAAAAUGCCUCCAACCAACGCUUGAAAAAUUCCUUCCGACAAACAAAUCGUCUAUUUUUUUUUUUUUAAAUCACUGAAUUCAGGUAUACUCCAAAAUGCACUUCUUGAUUUUAAAAUAUUCACACAUUUUUACCGCUUCCCUUUUAGGAUUACAAACUCUGAAGUUGUCCGUAAAUUCCGCCCCUCCAUAUAAAGACGAACCCAUUCGCCCCCCCCCCCUUUCCACGCCACUGGCAGUGGUGUUGCUAGAGUGUUUGGCGUCAGGGGACAAGAUUAAUUUUACCCAGUCAAAUUUGAAACCCAUUAUUUUCAUCCAUUAAAUACCAGAAAAGCCAAUUUUGGUGCCCUCGCUAGUCUGGCAUCCGGGUAAAUAUGUUCCCUAUGCCCCUCUUAGCUGCGCCUCUGUUCACUGCAACUUCCUACCCAAAAUUUGAAAUCUCCCCCCCCCCCCCCCCCCCAAAAUUGAAAAAAAAAAAAAUCCCCCCCCCNUUUUCAAACAGCACACCUUUCAUGUGACAUCAUAAAAUAUUGGUGUAGGAAGACUGACAAGGUUUGGGGGUGGGGGGUGGGUGCGGGGGUACGUCAUGAGUAUCACUUACCUUAUUUGGGGCGGGGGGUGGGUGAGGGGGUACGUCAUGGGUAUCACUUACCUUAUUUGGGGUGACGUAGACGGUCCAAUUUAUAUGCUUCAAAUCGCUUUUGUGUGUGUGUGUUUAUGCUGUAUGUACUGCAGCUUUCAUUAAUUAAGGACGGCAGAGUCAAAGUUAACUCAUUGCGUCACAAACUCACCAGCUUUUUCACCCCUGGAACACGAGUACAGCUACACAUUUUUCGAUGUGUUUCUAUCAUUGCUAUAACACUGGCAUCCUCUUUACCCCACCAUCCCCCCAUAGUGUCAUUGCCAAAGCAGCAUCAUUAUCAGAGCGUAGAGUUAGCCGUUGCCUGCUAUUUCAUUUAUUUACCCCUGCACCUUCUCUGCUUCCCCAGACUCUGUCGUGGUGCCAUGGGUUGUCAUGUGAAAACAGUCAGCAAGAUUCUCUUUCGACUUGGUCAGCUGAUCCUGCUGGGUGGCAUGGUGUGCUACCUGGUAUCCGUGGCCACGCCCCACUGGGUGGACCGUCCCACCGUCGACGACGCAGCGGAGAAUAUCAAUCUAACGCUGGUACAUUAUUGGUUUCUUUCUUGUAAAUGAAUUUUAACAUUGGGUAUGUACAAAAGUGUCAAUGAAAGGAAACGAAACAUGCGUAAAAUAUAUAUAUAUAUAUUUAGAAAUGCUUUUAGAAUGCGAUUUUCAAAGAGUUCAUGAUUUUGUAAACUGUUCCUGAAAAGUUAGAGAAAUAAAACUCGUUCAACGGACUUCCAAAAUUAAAACAAAAAGACCCCCCCCCCACCCUGGGAUUCUUUGAAUACCAUUGGCUUAGCAUUGGCUUAGCAUUGGCUUAGCAUUGGCUUAGCAUUGCUCACGUUUUGAUGCAUCUAUUCCAUUCAAUUAAAAUGCUCCGUUCACACGAUCAAAUUUUCGUCAACUUUUCCUCAAAUUUGCGUCACAUUUCUUUUUGAACGCAUUAUUUUUGUUUUACUAAACGUUCAGUGUGACGUCAAAGUUCUACGUUAUGAUGAUAUGAUGGAAUUACUUAGCUACAGCCCCGUUCAAACGAUGCGUUAACUCCCCAGCUAGUCAAAUUUCUUGAGAAAACAUGCCAUCAACUAUCGCAAAUUAUAAGAAUCCCAAUUAGCACUACCCAACCCCACUCCACUGUACGCCGACAAACACUUUUUUCCACGCCCCUGGAAUAAAUUAACAUGCUAAUACCCCACCCCCACUUUUACACCACAGAGUUACUGCAUCAUAUUUCACUUUAGACUAUUUCCACAAAACAAAAGAAAUAUGUUACGAGCCCAAUGCACUUUUUAAGAAUUUUCUUGAGCGCAGUUAUCGGGAAGUUUAUUCAGUGAAAGCGUUAAUGACUGGACUGGUUGAUUGAUCAAUUGUUCCAGUCCAGUCAUACAGACUUGUGUAUUUUCUUGAUAGGUUACAGUUUAUCAAUGGGAACAUUAGUGUGCAUUGGGGGUAAAUUUAUGUCAAUAUUUCAUUGAUUUUUUCUUUCCAUCCUCCUAGACAUUGGUGACAAAAAACUUUGGUAUCUUUAAGGCUUGCCGACAAACUGCAUCUGGUAGAUCUAAUAAAGGUGGUGACGACAGGAAUGACCAUGACGAUUGUGGUAGCUUGUGGGAUAAUAUCAAUUAUAUCAGUAAGUAGAUAGCUUGUGGGAUAAUAUCAACUAUAAUAUCAGUAAGUAGCUAGCUUGUGGGAUAAUAUCAAUUAUAUCAGUAAGUAGCUAGCUUGUGGGAUAAUAUCAACUAUAAUAUCAGUAAGUAGCUAUCUUGUGUGAUAGUAUCAACUAUAUCAGUAUGUAUCUUUCUUGUGGGAUUAUAUCAACUAUAUCAGUAAGUAGCUAGCGUGUGGGAUAAUAUCAACUAUAUUAGAAAGAAGCUGGUGCCAAGGACGUGGCAAGCAAAAGCUGCUACUCGGAAAAAUCCGAAUUUAGGCGCUCUUAACCCAAAAUUACCAUAUUUCUUAUUUUAAUACUCAUAUUAUUACCCACACACACACACACUGACUUUACCGGAUAUAUUUACAAAGAAAUUUGUUCAACGGAACAUUUGUUCGAACGGAAAUUUUUAUCGAACGACCGUAUCUUCGAAAUGAAAUAAUGGGGGGGGGGGGGGUUGCCCCCCAAUUUUUUUUUAAUUUAAAAAGUUUUCUUUUUUACCAUUUUCGCGCUCUACCUUUCCCUUUGAAAAAAAGAAAUGAAAUAAUGGGGGGGGGGGGGGUUGACCCCCAAUUUUUUUUUAAAUUAAAAAGUUUUCAUUUUUACCAUUUUCGCGCUCGAACUUUCCCUUUGAAAAAAACAUCAAAUCAAUCAAUAAAUUUUCUUCGUGUAAGAAACUUGCGUUCAAACCCAUUUCUUUCAAACACAUUUCCGGAUACUAUAGUAAAUAAGUACCCCUCUUAUUGGGCGUGCACUAUGCACGUACUUAUUUUACUUAAUGGUUAAUCCGGGCCACUUCGGCCCGGUGCAGACGACCAGAGUCAACAAGAGCUUAAAGUUAUAGCCAACAUGCCGGUGCUUGUCAGUUGAUUGUAAGCUUGACUUUCAAGAAACUGUACACACGUGAUAUACGUCUGUGGCGUAACCGAAAUAUUGACUAUGAAUGUUACAUUGAUUGAAUUUGAAGACGUUCAACGCAUAUUAAUCGUUCAUGAACUUUAUCUGCGACAUAUCUUGUUGUUGAGCACAGACACGCACCUGGUUGGGACAACCAUAGCACUUGUCAGGGGCCCCGGCUUGAUAGGGCCCCACCGAUUUUCGAGUUUUAAAAUAUACGCACAUAUUUGAAACACGAAAGGGGCCCGCACUCUGUCAGCUGCCUGGGGCCCAGAAUGUCCUAAGUACGGGCCCCGCACUCUGUCAGCUGCCUGGGGCCCAGAAUGUCCUGAGCGCGGGCCCCGCACUCUGUCAGCUGCAUGGGGGCCAGAAUGUCCUAAGUGCGGGCCCCGCACUCUGUCAGCUGUCUGGGGCCCAGAAGGCCCUGUUGAGCAUGAACAAUACGUGGAGAGUCGAUACGCACAUUUUAUUGUAACUUGAUUUUUUAAAUUAUAUUUAUUUUUCUGUUUCGUGUUUUGUCUUUUCUGCUGAAGAAGGCUUUUGGGCGAAACGUUAUCUUUUUAUGAUCAUUUUCUUUCAUUUCAAGAUUCGACGUACCUUCUUCCACUAUUGUAAUUGCAAAAAAAAAAGAAAAAAAAAAAAAAAAAAAAAAAAAAACCCCCCCCCCCCCCCAAAAAAAAACAGGCCACGCCCCCUAAAUAUUCCUGGAAGAACCGUCCCACCGAGAGUACCGGUAUUUACAUUUCUGUUUUCCACUUGUUUCGGAUUGCUAUUGGCUAUUACUACCGGUACUAGACAGCAGGUCGUAAUGGCGAGAGCUGCUUUGAAUGCAUGUGGCUUUGCCUCAAAAUGACUAUGUCCCGGGUUUUUAUUAAUAAUUGUAUUGAUAUACCCCAUUCUCUUUCACAGGUCCUCACGCAGCUAGGUAUGUUCAGUUUGUCAUGGUAGCGGCAGGCAUCAUGUAUACUCUGGGAUUUCUUCUUGAGAUUGUACAGGUGGUGCCAAUGAAGAAGUUUCGAAAUUUCGUCGCUAAGAAUCGGAUGGUUGAAAUGUUUGUCAGUAUUGCAAGUGAGUUUUGUUUUUUUUCCAUGGAAAAUUUAUUAGUAGUAGUAUUAAUUUGAUCAGAGUAAUUUAUGUUACAUUUUAGAUUACCCUGCAAUAUACCCUAGAUUGUGCAUUCAAAUAUGCGGUAAUUUUAAAGAAAAUGAAAUUGUAUAUAAAAGUAAGCUUUUGAGAAAUCCAAAAUAUCUUGCAAAGUUCAGACAAAGGGGCUCAUGAAAUCAGUUAACACCAAUAUCAGUAUUGCGUUAAACAAUGUGAAUAUUAAACAUUUGCUACAACUGCACAACGUGAUGUUUAAUAUCAAGUAACAAGUAUGACCAUAAGGGGCGGCGGGGGGGGGGACUGCAAUCUGGUUAGGUACAAGGAAAUAUGGGAAACAAUUUAUGGGAAUAAAAUUGAAAAAAGGACGUAACAAAAUAAUUACAGAGUUGUCAAUAAGCCUACUUCAAAAAACCGCAGUAGAAGUUACGACAAGGGCUGGGCCAUCACCCCCAUUGUUUCCUGUACCAACACGCCCGUCGCUGUGAACUUAGAGAACAAACUGAUACGGUACACACUUACGGGACCCAGACACCAUAUGAUGUGAAUUUUAUGUUCUCCUUGUCAUGUUAAAUAUUUUGUCCACCUCCUUUUCACAAGCAAUCACUAAAGAGUUACUUUUUCUCUUACCCCCUCCCCCCCCCCCAUUACCUAUAUUAACUCUCUUACCACAUUCCUCUUGCUAUCCUCUCCGAUACUACAUCGCAGCUAAGUUUUUAUUUUAAUAUUCGUUUGUGUUACCCAUUUGUUUGCUAAAGAAGGCAUCUUGUCGACACGUUUGUUGUAUCUGUUUGUUUUUUUUUUUUGGGGGGGGGGGGGUUUGCGUAUUUUAAUCUUAUUUUUUAAGAAAAUCUAGAACCUAUUUAUGGGGUAUAUUAUUUAAUGAUUUAUUUUUUUUUUUUUUUUUUUUUUUUUUUGGGGGGGGGGGGUUUGCGUAUUUUAAUCUUAUUUUUUAAGAAAAUCUAGAACCUAUUUAUGGGGUAUAUUAUAUAAUGAUUUAUCAUAUUUGUAUGUCAAGUAGAAUGAGUUGGAACUUUGUAUGGUAAAAUAAAAUUAUUUGACUUUCUGUCUAUGAUAAUAAUAUAUUGUUUGUGUCAAUGAAUAUGUUUUAUCAUUUCCAAGCUGUUCUGGUGCUUCAGGGCAUGCUGAUCUUUGCUGGUGAGAUCAAGAACAAGGCACAACGUGUAUCUGGACAAGAGGAUGAGCAGUCCGGCUGGUCAUUUGUCGUGGCAUUAAUAGGGGUACUGCUGAGUGUCUUUGGGCUGGUUUUGGUAACCAUGUUUAGAGAGCUGCCGAUGCCGAGCAAGAAUGAAGAUGGCGGUUCUUGGCUGAAACAUUCAUCAGGCAAUGUGCCACAAACAUCACUGCGGUCAUGAUGCAAGGGCCGUUCACUUACCAAAUGACAGAUGGGCUCAAGUUGUUACGCGUCAAUGACUAUUAUUAUGAGACUUGGCACCAUAUAAAAUACACUGCGAUCAUAGCUGUGAGAAAAUGUGCCUAUUUGACAACUCAUUCAGCUUCCUGGCUGAUGACAAACAAAUCUGGUUUGACAGGAUUGUCUGUAGCAUGGCAAAAGAAGUUAUUCUACAGUAUUUUCUUGACAUUUACAGCUUUGGAAAAUUAGUCACAUAGUACUUUGAAUUAAUUGGUACCGGUAGUUUCAAAUUGAACUUUGUCAUUUUUAUUGUUUAAAUAGCGCACACAUCAUUUUCUGUUAAUUUUUUAAAGAUUUAUUAUAUCAAGAGUUUAAUUUUUUUUACAGGUACAGGGAUAGUGAUAUUCUUUUGUACAAUCUCAAGGGAAGUAAACUGUCAGAAAAUUCCAUUUUUAUCAAAUCAAUCAGUGUAAAACAAAGGUCAUUGAUUUUUUAAAAGCAUCCCUCAAAAAAGUAUUUAUUUUUAAACACUCAACAGUGCAAGGUCAUCUUGUGCAAAUUUUAAAAUUAUAUUUAGUAAGUUCUCACAUCUAUAGAUCAUUGUUAAUACCAGUACAAAUUUUUAAAAAUAUAAUAAAGGUAGCCAGAUACCAGUACAGUACAGUGCCGGUACUAAAAAAAACAAUUCAUUUAAGUUAAUGUGAAAUGAAUCAUCAGGAAAUGUAUCUUAUUGUCUUGUAAGAUGAAUCUGAGACACUUCAAGGUAUUUAAAAUUAUUCCUGACAGUAGCAUGGCGCUGAAGCAUCUUAGUUGGAUGGGAUCCACUUUCACUUAAAGUAAGUCAAUGUAAAAAAAACAACACCUAAAACACUGGUGGAUUUUUGAAAAGUCCACUCUCCCUUAUGAUAAUUUUAGUGACAGCAAAGACCAUUAUAAUUAUAGCGUAUGAUUUAAAAUAUAUUAGUACGACUCUUACAAGUUUCAUGCGGCCACUCCUGUUAAUGUGAUUAUUUAUUCCAACUGCAACUUUACUGUUUUUUGUCAUACAAUAUAGCCUUAUUUUAACUUUAUUGAUCUGAACAUCUGCUGAUAUUUAUAUGAAUAUUUUUGAACUUUAUAUUUGUACUGGUAUAAGAAAAAUUAUUUCAGGUUAUCAUCAUGUUCAACUGUUAUGUCUCUUUUUUAUCAUAAAAAUAUACUCUGUAAAUUAAAAUGCUUUAAGUAAAGUAAUUUACUAG